CAGCCCAAGCAACUGACAGGCCUGCAUUGACUUCCUGACGGAUCACUGUAACUUUGUAGCCCGAGGAGCAACUUAAGGUCAUUUAUUAUCAUAAAUACUCACAUCAGAUGCACAUAUAUCCGUCAGCCUUAACCUAAUGACCCAGCAAGAGCAGCAUGAGUUCAGGGAAAGUUUGGCGGAAGCCCUGUCCUGGAUGCAGGCCGUCCAGGAGAAACUUAAACAAAACGACAACACCCAAGGACCCAGAUCAGCGCUGGAGGUCAGGCUCCGAGAGACAGAGAAAAUUCAUAGCUCAGAGCCCGAAGGCCAUGUGAAGAUGGACAGGGUGUUGGUGGCUUCUGAAGCUCUGCUUCGAAAUGGAGAUGAAGAGAUGAAGAAUCAGACUCUUUCGAAACUCAAAGAUAUAAAAGCACUCUGGGAGGAGACGUUAACCUACAUCAUUCAUUGUCACAGUCGUAUCGAGUGGGUGUGGCUGCACUGGAGUGAAUACUUGAAGGCCCAUGAGGAGUUUGGGAUGUGGAUAGAGAAGAUGCACAGGGCUCUGGAGCCCCUGCUUGAGAUGCAGCUGGGUCUCAAAGAGAAGCUGUGGCAGGUGGAUCAUCUGCGGGUCCUUCACAGUGAUAUUCAAUCCCAGGCUCAGUUUCUGAAGAGGCUCCUGGAUGAGGCUACAGCCCUGUUCAACCGCACUGAAGAUCCUAGUGUAGAUGAGAAGGCUCAGCAGGGUCUUAAAGAUGCUUACAACCACAUUCAAGAACAAGCACAGGAAAGAUUAACAUUGGCACAAAAAAUAGCAGAGGAGCACCAGCAGUACCAAAGUUGCAUUGAUAAGUUUCAAAGCUGGCUGAUGUCUAAAACAGAAGAUGUCAGCCGUUUCAGCGACAUGGAGGAUACGACACAAAAUAGGCUGAAAGCCCUGCAGGAAAAGAUUAUGCUAGCAGUGGUGAAAGAGUACCAGAGUGUGAAAGGCAGAUCUUUCAGGCUGUCCUCUGAGAGCGAGAUGGCUCUUCGGCAGAUACUGCAGGAUCCUCUGUAUGGCUUCAGCCAGUGGAGUCAGGUGGUUUCUCAGGUCCUGGAGGCCUCCGCUGAGGUGACAGAUUUCUCCCAAAUCGCUCUGCUCGUGCAGCAUAUUGAGAAGUUACUUAAAAACAGUGUGCAGCUCCAGGAGCGCUUGAGUUUGCUCCAGGUGAAGAGUGAUCUGCUCAGCUCAGUUUUUGGCCAAGAAAAAGCUGAUGAUCUGUUGCAAGAGCUCAGAGGGGAUGUGAGGAAGAGAGAGUUACUCCACAGCAAUCUCCUAGAGUGCAAGAACCACCUGCAGGGUUUGAUAUCAAAGACAAAGGACUUUUCUGACGCCUAUGACUCCAUACACAAAAAACUGACCUCCAUAAAGGAGAGGUUCAUCAUGACGGAUGGACUUCAACCUGAUAUUCUUACCAAGAAGACCCAGGCUGACCAACUCAGGGUCAUUAGAAAGGACUUGGAAGAUUGUGAAGCCCAUAUCAUAGCUCUCGAGACGCUGGUGUCAUCCAGCCCUGCAAACAGGACAAAGUUUGAGCGUCUGUAUGCGGACUGGAAAUUGUUUUAUAAGGCAGUUCGGAUGAAGGUGAAUGAAAGUGAGGAGAACAUUGCAGAACACGAGAGUUUCCAUGACAAUAUUCUGAAUAUGGAGAAGUGGUUAAUGAUCAUGAGACAGAAGCUAGAGUCGUUUCGCAGAUCAAAUGGGGAAUGGAGCAUCGAUAACCGCCAGCAUGAGGCUGAGAGGGCACUAGGAGAGUUUCCAGAGAAGGAGCUUCAACUUCAUCAGACAGAGGCUCAGGGUCAGACCGUGCUGGCCAGAACCUCUGAUGAAGGCAAAGUUCACAUCCAGCAAGACCUUAAACGCCUCAGAGAGACCUGGAUGUCCCUUCACACGCUUAGUCUCAAUCCUUACAGGCUUCUGAAUGGACAUGCUGCCACAGGCGACCAAGAUCCCCUAUUACAGAGAACCGAGUUUCUGGACAGAUGGGCAGAAGGGCAUCACCAGGGAAUGGAUUCAGACUUUGAAGUGGGACUUGCCAAAGGAGAUGAAGGAACAGGCCAGCAUCAGAGAUCCUACCACGGGCCAGAAUCAACAGGUCACCUACAGCUGGAGAGAAACAUGGAAGCAAAACCAGAUCGAAGACCAGGAGGUUCAGAGGUCUGGAGAAGAGAGUGGAGUUACCAAGACCAGUCCAUGGAUGAUGAAGUGGAUGCAGUCAUAUCUGGAGGUGACCGAAAUGUGAACAGGAAGAGGAUUGGGAUGGACGAAGGUGACUUGCUCAGGAGCGGUGGUCAGACUGGGGAAUGGGUUGAACAACACAUACCUGGUUCUGGGAUUGAAGACCUUGAUAUAAAAGGUAGAUACAGCUUUUUAAGUGGGACUGACUCUGAUGCACAGAAAAGGAUGCGGCAGUCACAGAUCCCCCCUGAUGACACUCAGAUGGGCUCUCAGGGGCCCCACCAUCUUGUUGAUAUGGAGUCCCAGAGGAGGGAGUUUGAAGCGUGGCUUCACAAGGAAAAUGACAAACUCACAGGAAUUCUGAACAACCAAAGAUCCUUGAGCGAUAAAGAACUGAGGAUAAGACAGAAUACACUCAAGGGUUUACAUGCCGGUGUAGCCUGGGGUCAGAGUCAGUUCCAGAAGUUGAUGGUCGGUCGGCAGAGUACGUCAGCAGAGGAGGACGUGGAACUAGAAGAGCUGCAUUACCGCUGGAUGUUAUACAAGUCCAAACUUAAAGAGGCUGGUGACCUCAGAGGUCUGCUGAAACACAAGGCGAACAGUGGUCUCGGCUUCCUGUACCGUGUAUGUCGCGUGGCUCUUCCUCUCCAGCUCCUGUUGUUGGCCCUGCUGCUGCUGGCCUUCCUGCUGCCCAUGAUGGACGAGGGCACCAGCUGUUCACUAUCCAACAACUUCGCCCGCUCCUUCAACAUCAUGCUCCGCUACGACGGACCUCCUCCCACUUAA